ACAAAUGAAGAGCUAUCUGGGAGUAACUAUUCAUUUUAUCAAAAAUUUUAAGAUUGUUUCUUUCAAUAUAGCUUGUGAGCCGCUUUGGGAGAGUCAUACCGCCGAAUAUUUAUCAACCACCAUUAAACAUAUUUGUGAAAAAUGGGAAAUUCCUGAUGAAAAAAUUGUGGCCGUCACUACAGACAAUGGUGCAAAUAUAGUAAAAGCCAUUGAAUUAACAUUUGGAAGAGCAAAGCAUAUUCGUUGUAUAGCCCACACAUUAAACCUUGUUGUGCAAAAUUCAGUCAUGGUAAAUGAAAUAAAAAUAUUUAUCGAUAAAGUUCGCAGAAUCGUACAAUGGUUCCAUCAGAGCGGAGUUGCUGCAGACCAAUUGAGAAAUUCUCAAAAGGCUGAAAAUGUACCGGAAGGAAAAAUUAAACACCUGAUAGGAGAUGUUUCAACGUGGUGGAAUUCUCAAUUACAUAUGCUUGAAAGGUUUAUAGCUAUGAGUGGAACGGUUGGCGGUAUUUUAUUGAACUACCCUAAUGCUCCUCCUAUGAUUCAAGCUAGUGAAAUUGCUGUACUGAAAGAGGUCGUAAAAAUUCUCAAACCGUUUGAGAAAGUAAGCGAGGAGAUGUGCACUGAAAAAUAUGUUAGCGCAAGUAAAGCUAUUUCUUUUAUAAUGUGCUUGAAACAGUUUUUGGAAAAAACAUAUCCAUCGCAUGAUUUGGCCAUUCAAUUAAAAAAUUCAAUAAUAAAUGAAUUUAAGAAAAGAUUUCAGCACAUACAAAAAGUUCAUUUAUUUAAUACUGCAACAUUUCUAGAUCCUCGUUUUAAAAAAUUACACCUUGAUGACGGAGCAUCUUUGGCAAGAACUAUGAACUACAUUAAAAAAUCCAUUGAAGAAAACCGAGAACCUGAGGAUUGCCCUCUGUCAAAAACUUCGGCCGCUGAUGAUGUGGAUAAUGAUGAUAUUUGGGAAACCCACAACAAGUUGUUGUUGGAGACUAUGAGAACAAGUCGAAGUCAAAUUCAGACAUCUGAAUUAAGCUUGUACAUAGCUGCGCCUCUAAUAGGAUUAAAAGAAGACGCUUUAGAAUCCUGGAAAAGCUAUGAGGGAGCUUAUCCCAAACUCACACAUUUGGCGUGUAAGCACCUAUUGGUACCGGCUUCUUCGGCUCCAGCAGAGAGAUUAUUCUCGAAAGCUGGCGCCAUAUUAACAAAGACCAGGAGCCGAAUAUUAUCCAAAUGCUUACCUAAGCUAUUAUUUCUGAACUCAUUGCCUACGGAUUUCUAGUUUCUUUUUAUUUAAAUAAUUUAUUUUGUUGAUUUAUUUUAAUUUGAACCUUUUGUAAUUUGAUUAUUCAAAAAUUUUAAUUUCCGUUGAUUUUAUAAGAACUUACUAUUUCAGUACGAAUAUCUAGUUUUUUUAUUUGAAUAAUUUAAUUUUGUUGAUUUAUGUGAAAAGAAAAUUUAAUUCUUUUAAAAUUUUAAUUUGUGUUGAUUAUAUAAGAACUUACUGUUUCUGUUGUUUAUUUUUAAUUAAUAAAUAUAUUGAUAUAUUAAAUAUGGCGUUUAUUUUGAAAUCAACUGAAAAAGUAAGAAGAAAUCGAUUUAUACAACAAAAUCGAUUAUUUUCUUAAGAAAAGUCGAUUACUUAUUAAUCGAUUUUACAUACUUAAAAAAAAUCGAUUAAUUAAAAAUCGAUUUUUAAUCAAUAAUGUCACAUCCCUACAGGAUAUCAACAUAUUUCUAUUGACAAUGUAUAGCCGAGUAUACAUAUAUGAUUACUUCGUGAUUUACAAUGAUCUGGAAUUGUGUACUAUCUAUUUCCAAAAAAUAUAUAUGAUCUAAUUUUUUUUCAUAAUUUUCCAAGGUAUUUGAUUGCAUAAAUAAUAAGAUAAUAACACAGAAAAUACGAAUUACUUAUCUUUUAUUUUUGGCAAAUUAUAAUGAUCUGUUAACACUGUCGCCAAACAGGCGCUCACCAAAUAAUGCUCUUCAGUUAAGAGUUCAGGGCCUACCACAAGCGAGCAUCAGUUGUUGUUCCAUUAGUUGAUGCUCCUACGAGAUGGGAUUCUACAGCAAACAUGGUGGAGCGCAUAUUAUUAUUCAAGGAUUUCUUGAGUGGACGCACAGAACUAGUGUUUCAAGUAUUUUCAAUAGAAGAUAUACAUUGCAGAAACUUAAAGAAGUGCUUGAUUUUUUAAAACCAUGUUGUGUUCUGUCGAAAACAAUACAACGCGAAUAAUUAACAACUUUUCUAUCUUGCCUGGCUUAAAUGCAUUCUGGAACUAGAAAAUAUGAUCACGGCUUUUGCCAUAUUGUUAGUGAUACGACUUCAAAUAAACAAGAUUCUUAAAGGUAGAGACAGAGCGCCAGUCGACCUGCCGCAUUUCUUGAUGGGACUCCGGUAAGAUGUCUUCUUUGCUCUCAAGCACUUUUUUAAGGGUGAACGGGGCCUAAGGAUACCUCUAACGGGGCAAGGUACAUAAACCCAAAAAAUUGUCAAAAAUCUCCAGUGUCGGCCUCAGCUCUUUCCCCAACCCCUAUUCAGAAUUUACAACUUCGGCUAGCUUUAUCCAAAUUCAAAAACUCAAUCCCAGUUUUAAAGAGAGUUCCUCAAGGUGCGAGAGUAUCCGUGGCUUCAGGUUUGGCACGUUGUAUUGCUCUUGUAGUCCGAGAAAACUCUCCGUGUUCUUGGGAGCUAUUAUUAACUUUUCCAUUUAAGAUUCUACAUGUGCAGAAAGAUUAGCAAAGAAAACUUUUAACAACCCAAAUUAAAGAUAAUUGUUUUUCGCAAACCCAAGCUUUCGACCCCAAAUUACCAGUACAUUUUUCUCACAAAGGUUUGCUGCAUCGUGUAUUCAUGUAGAGUCAUAUUUAGCAAUGAUGUGGUCGCUGCGUACUCUGCAGAGAUUGUUACAACUUUGCACUUUUCCUGACCCACCAAACCCUCAACUCCAUACCCUUGCUAUUACUGCCCAACAGGUUCGGGGGGCCAUCGACUCCUUUCGAAAUGGUUUUGCCGGUGGCCUUGACGGAUUGACCCCUCAACAUUUAAAGGACUUAACUUGUUCAAGCGCCCUAAUCAAUUUAAUGCUCUCCGGCAAUGUGAACGAAUCCGUCAUCGAUGUCUUGUACGGGGCUAACCUAUGGGCCCUGCGUAAAAAGGAUGGCGGAUUUCGUUCCAAUGCCGUAAGCCUAUAGGCGUAUCGCAGCCAAAAUUUGCUGUGCAUAUUACAAUGAGUCGUUAGACAGCAAAUACCAGCCCGCCCAAUGCCCUUUCUACUUUUAUAAAUAAUAAUCAAGGUGAGGUCAUCUUAAAGGUUGACAUUAAAAACGCUUUUAACUCAGUAAGCAGGGACGCCUUUUUGACAGAAAUACAAAAAUCCCUAAAAUUUACAGUUUUCUUUGGCAAUGUUAACGAAACCCUUCUAAAUUACUCUAUGAAGACAAUUUAAUAGAAUCGGCCGUCGGUUGUCAACAAGGAGACUCCUCUUGGUCCUGCCAUUUUCGGUUUAGCUAUAAACCCUAUUUUCGGGAACUAAAUUCCAAAUUUAAUGUAUGGUAUUUAGAUGACGGAACUCCAGGAGGUGACGUCAGCACUGUUUUAAAAGAUUUUACUGUAUUAAAAAAAAGACUGAGUUCGAUUGGCUUGACCUAAAUUUAUUUAAUAUGAAAUUUACCUACCUGGCUUUACUGACCAACAAACGACUUUAGCAAAAUUUCACGAAAUAGCGCCUAAUAUCAAAAUUACAGGUAAAAAAUCACUUCACCUCUUAGGUUCACCAAGGACCUUAGUCCCCAAUUUCAUUACCAACUCCACUUUUUUCAUUACCAUCAGCAGUACAGAAUAUCAUCGGUCAAUAUCUACAUAUGUAAUGUAUAUAAUGUUGUAUAAAUUACAUAAAUAGUUUAUGUUCUUAAUACCAAUUCUCGUGAAAGUUGAAAAGAAGGAAACCUAUAUACUUUCUGGUUAUUUCAGCUUGAUGAUAAAAAAGCAGUCACACUUAUAGCUCGGGUUACAGAAAGAGGGAAACAAAUUUUAUCUAGAAAAAGGUUCACACAGUGUUGCCUAAGCACAGGACCCUAUCAUACAUGACUUGCUCCCAGGGAAAGUGAUCGUGAUGUAUCGAAGUGCUAUACGUGCCAUACAAGAUGUGUGAAUCCGAGAAUGUUACAAAAACCGAUUCAACGGUUUCAAAACACAUUUUCCGAGUAGGCGCGUUCCGCCAUUUUGGCCCGAAAAACUCGCGAUUUGGUUCGCGCAAAUAAAAGGCCAGUUUGCGAUAUCAAAGAUUACGGAGGACACUACAGAGUUCUUUUACGUCGUCAGCCACCUCGAUCCACGAUAUGCGACGGAGGUAGAAGAUAUCAUCGUGAACCCACCAGCGGACGACAAAUACGGCCGACUAAAAAAGGAACUGAUUAAGCGGCUCUCCGAAUCUAGAGAGAAAAAGGUGCACCAACUCCUGACCCACGAGGAAUUAGGCAAUAGGAAACCAUCACAGUUCCUUAGGUACCUGCACACCGGUCCUAAGGUUCUAAGGUAAGGUGAGUUCUUGCGCACAAUUUGGUCCAGCCGUCUACCUAGCAACAUACAGUCGAUACAUCGCAGUCAUCAUCGCCUCUUGAACUACUCCCUGAUCUCGCCGAUAGGAUCCAUGACGUCGUGCCGAAAGGUGCUGCUGCAUCAUCGUCAACUACGCAAGUAAGUGAUGUACUCACAUUAAGUAAACAAAUGGCUGAGCUGGUGUUAAACGUAGAAAUUUUAACGCAGAAGGUCAAUGACCUUACCCGUUCAGGAUGAUCGAGAAGUCGAAAUCGUUCAUCUUCCCGCCAAAAUCGAUCUCAAUCAAGAACCGUCGUGCACCUUACGUGCUGGUACCAUUAAAUUCGGUGAAAAGGCUACAAAAUGCAACCAGCCAUGUGACUUCGACCCGGAAAACUCCAAAAGCAGUCAGUAAUGGCGGCUGACGAGUGACGACUGCUUAACUUGUAAAGGACGCCUAUUUAUGUGUAAUUUUUUAUUUAUUGAUUUAAUGUAGUUUAUAAGCAUUAUUUUUGAAAAAUAUUAGCGUUCUCAACUUCUCCUACACAUAAAUAUAGUUUAUGUGUGUGACCAAAUUGUGGUGAGUGUACCAAAUUUUGUACAAUGUAAAAGGGGUCCAAAGUUGUUGCAUCACGUAUUAAUAUAAAGAUCAGCUGUCGUACAGUAAACUUAGUACCUACGAACUUGUCGCGGCUAAUGGUACUCCCAUACGUACUUAUGGUACCUACCAACUUUCACCAAACCUUGGACUACGACGGGAAUUUGUUUGGAAGUUUAUUAUUGCCGUCUCCGUUGCCGUUUAUGUGUCGAGGCCUAUCGUCGGAGUCGAUUUUUUAAGUUACUAUAACUUGUUAGUCGACUGCCGAUAGCAAAAAUUAAUGGUUCGAUCACGAACCUAACUGUUGGCGCGCCUGCAUCACACGAAAUAGCACACGAAGUUUUGUCAUUAAAAACCAUCACAGGUCAUUCACCUUUACUGAACCUACUACGACAAUAUGCCGAGAUCACACGUCCAGCUGGGUCAUGGUAUGCCACAAACCCAUAUCCGAACUACUCCUGGCCCACCGGCAACAGGAAUUUGAAGAAAUGUUGCGAAACGGAACAGCUCGUCGCUCUGAAAGUCCUUGGUCGUCUCCACUACAUCCAUCCAUCAUACCUAAAAAAGACGACGGCUGGAAGCCAUGUGGCGACUACAGGUGAUUAAACGCGCGAACGGUACUAGACCGCUACGUAGUGAGACAAAUACACGACUUUGCGUGUCAAUUAUCAGGUUCCACCAUAAUUUUCUAAAAUAGAUCUUGUUAAGCUUUCAACCAAAUUCCAGUUUAUGAAGACGUCGUUAAAAACAGCCAUUACAACACCGUUCGGUCUGUUCGAAUUUAUGAAUGAAUCGAAAAGGCCUACCUAAAAAUCUAUGUCCAACACCAUGGAUAAAAGAAAGAGACUGGAUUGGCCUUGUGGGCGGGCCACGCGCGCCGAGGGUGCGAGCCGGCGUACUGCGCGCUGUCAUAACGCUCAAAUAUUCAUACUUACCGGCUAGCAAUCGCUGUCAUGUUUUGACAGCGUACGUAUCUCCGCAAAAAUAUUAUAUUAUGCCGUCUUGCGCUAUUAUAACGUGUCGUAAAAGAAGCCAGGUGUGUAGCAUAGCACGAGAAGGAAUUUCUUUUCACCGGUUUCCAACAGAUCCAGGUGUAAGAAAAUUGUGGAUUGACACAACUGGUAGAAUUAAUUGGAUUCCUACUAAAUGUAGCAUAAUUCGUUCGCAACAUUUCGAUGUUGAUAAUUACAUAAUAACAAAGUCAGGGAAAAUAAACUUAUAACACGCCGCCUUUUCGUAAGCAUCGUACACGGUGAGCGGGAAAGCCACCGCUCGCCCGCGGUCUUACCGCGCAUGCGCCGCGCGCGACGCGCGCGCCACCCGAUCGCCGAGGGACGCGGACGCGGACGACGCCACAGUCCGCCUCCGCUCGCCAUCGCGUGAUACACGAAUCGCUAUCUCUCAUAAUCUGUGUUCUAACGUACCUAUUUACUAUGUUAGUGUAACGUUCUGAUUUCUGAUGUGAAUAUGAAUAGACAUUUAUAGUUAAA